UCCUUCCGCGCAUGCGUAGUGGCAGCAGCGGCGGCGGCCUGAGCCUCCGCUCUUGCUUUGACAGCUCCAACGUCGUUGGCGUUUUCCGUCGCAUUUCGGCGACGCCCUUCGUGGCUGUUGCUGAGGGAGAGGCGAGGCGGAGGAGGCCCCUUGGCGAGGUCUUCUUCUCCCCCGAUGGGCCUCUGCCCGGCACCAUGGCGGCCCUGUACCAGAGCGCGGACCCGUCGGCCUCGGCCUCCCCGAACAAGCUGCUGGCGCUGAAGGACGUCCGGCAGGUGAAGGAGGAGACCACCCUGGACGAGAAGCUCUUCCUCCUGGCCUGCGACAAAGGUGAUUAUUACAUGGUGAAGAAACUUUUGGAAGAGAAUUGCGCUGGUGAUAUGAACAUAAAUUGUGUAGAUGUCCUAGGAAGAAAUGCUGUUACAAUAACUAUUGAAAAUGAGAAUCUAGAUAUACUACAGCUUCUUCUGGACUAUGGUUGCCAGUCCACAGAUGCGCUCUUGGUGGCAAUUGACUCAGAAGUUGUGGGAGCUGUGGAUAUACUACUUAAUCAUCGACCGAAACGAACCAGUAGACCAACAAUUGUUAAAUUAAUGGAACGUAUUCAAAAUCCAGAAUACUCAACAACCAUGGAUGUGGCACCUGUUAUUUUAGCUGCUCACCGUAAUAACUAUGAAAUCCUUACUAUGCUGUUAAAACAGGAUGUGUCAUUACCAAAGCCACAUGCUGUGGGCUGUGAAUGCACACUGUGUACAGCCAAGAACAAAAAAGAUAGCUUACGGCACUCCAGGUUACUAUUCCGUCUUGAUAUUUAUCGAUGUUUGGCCAGUCCUGCUUUGAUAAUGCUGACAGAAGAGGAUCCAAUUCUGAGAGCUUUUGAACUUAGUGCUGAUUUAAGAGAACUCAGUCUCGUAGAAGUUGAAUUCAGAAAUGAUUAUGAUGAGUUAGCCCAGCAAUGUAAAACUUUUGCUAAAGAUUUGCUUGCCCAGGCACGGAAUUCCCGGGAACUUGAAGUUAUUCUAAACCAUACGGCAAGUGAUGAGCAUGUGGAUAAAAGGGGAUUGUUAGAAGAAAGAAUGAACUUGAGUCGAUUAAAGCUUGCUAUUAGGUAUAAUCAAAAGGAGUUUGUUUCUCAGUCUAAUUGCCAACAAUUUCUUAAUACUGUUUGGUUUGGACAAAUGGCUGGUUACCGUCGCAAGCACACAUUCAAGAAGAUUUUGACUGUCUUAACGGUUGGCCUCUUUUGGCCACUACUAUCUUUCUGUUAUUUAUUGGCCCCCAAAUCUCGAAUAGGCCGAAUAAUUCACACUCCUUUUAUGAAGUUCAUUAUUCACGGAGCAUCAUAUUUCACUUUUCUGCUAUUACUUAACUUGUACUCGGUUGUCUACAAUGAAGAUAAAAAAAACACAAUGGGUCCAGCAUUGGAGAGAAUAGACUACCUUUUGAUACUCUGGCUCAUUGGAAUGGUAUGGUCAGAUGUUAAAAGACUUUGGUAUGAGGGCUUAGAAAAUUUUUUGGAUGAAUCCCGAAAUCAGCUUAGUUUUGUAAUGAAUUCACUCUAUUUGGCAACUUUUGCCCUAAAAGUAGUUGCACAUAACAAGUUCCAUGAUUUUGCUGAGAGGAAAGAUUGGGAUGCCUUCCAUCCUACACUUGUGGCAGAAGGUCUUUUUGCUUUUGCGAAUGUUCUUAGUUAUCUUCGACUUUUCUUCAUGUAUACAACAAGCUCUGUCCUCGGUCCACUUCAGAUUUCAAUGGGGCAGAUGUUGCAAGACUUUGGAAAAUUUCUUGGGAUGUUUCUUCUUGUGUUGUUUUCAUUCACAAUUGGGUUGACUCAACUCUAUGAUAAAGGUUUCACUGUGAAUGAAGAGAAGGACUGUGCUGGAAUCUUCUGUGAGCGACAAAGCAACGACACUUUCCAUUCGUUUAUUGGAACUUGCUUUGCCCUGUUCUGGUAUAUAUUUUCACUUGCACAUGUAGCUGUAUUUGUCACCAGAUUUAGCUAUGGUGAAGAAUUGCAGUCCUUUGUGGGUGCUGUUAUUGUUGGCACAUAUAAUGUUGUAGUUGUGAUUGUCCUCACCAAGCUCCUCGUGGCGAUGCUUCAUAAAAGCUUUCAACUGAUAGCAAAUCAUGAAGAUAAAGAAUGGAAAUUUGCUCGUGCCAAGCUAUGGCUUAGCUAUUUUGAUGACAAAUGCACACUACCUCCACCUUUUAAUAUCAUUCCCUCUCCCAAGACUAUUUGCUAUCUAUUUAAUAGCCUCAGUAAGUGGAUCUGUUCCCAUACAUCAUCUGGUAAAGUUAAGCGGCAAAAUAGCUUAAAGGAGUGGAAAAAUCUGAAGCAAAAGAGGGAUGAGAAUUACCAAAAGGUGAUGUGUUGCUUAGUGCAUCGCUACCUGACUUCUAUGAGACAGAGAAUGCAAAGUACUGAUCAGGCGACUGUAGAAAACCUCAAUGAACUACGGCAAGACUUAUCAAAAUUUCGAAAUGAAAUGAGAGACUUACUUGGCUUCCGGACUUCAAAAUAUGCCAUAUUUUAUCAAAGAAACUAAGAUUAUGGCCAAACCUAGAUCUUUUCAUUCCAAUCUUUUCGUUACCAGUUCAGAUUUUAAAAAGGUAAUUGUUCAGUACCGUUAAAAAUGUGAUUGCAUCAGCUGCAGCAAAAUUCAGUUGUGAAAAAAGCGUACUCUUUUCGUAUUCUUUAAGAAACUUUUAAUAAUACAGUAUUUUCAACCAGUUUAUGGUCUGCUAAGCAUAAAUGUGUAUUUUCACAAAGCUCAUUAAUAACACCCCCUGCAAUAUUGAGAAAGGAAUAGUUAAUGAAAUCCCCUUCCACAACAUAUAGGAGUUAGCAUUUGGUUCAAAACCAACAGAAGAGUAAGCACCAGCAAGAUACUGUAAUAUUAAAACGCAUAAGUAAAGUUCCAAGUCAUAACAUCUUCUAAAACACUUAGAGGAGACCAGCAAAAAGUGAAAAGCCAUAUUGCUAUUAUAAACAUUUCUUAAUAUUUUUUGUACUGAGUGCCACUGAAUGAUACCAAAGACUAUAGCAGUUUGAAACCGAAUCUAUAAUCUCAUCCUUAUGUAAAAACAGAAAUUGCGUAAACUUUCUAAUAGGUAAUAUGAAUCUUGUCAUUUACCUUCAUAUCAUUUGAAUUUACUUAAAAUUAGUUGCUUUCAUGUGGAUUCUUUGACACAAAUUUCCAACAUGAAUGUUGAAAUUUAAGCAUUCUUAUCUAAAAAUAAACACUUCAGAAAUAUUAAUUGCAAUUAAUUCAACAUUCACAGAAUUAAUGAAUAUAGAUACUUAUCCUUAUUUGUAAAAAUGGGUAGGAAGUUACAAAAUAAUACUUUGCUAUCAUGUUGAAAUAUUUCUACACAUGAAAUUGUUUUGCUGGUAUGCAUAUACUGUAUAAGCAUAGAAGUUAUGAUCCCAAACCAGUUAGUUAUGCAUCACAUUUAAGAUGCAAUAAGCUUAGUUGCAUUGAUAUAAUUGAAAAUCUGACAAACAUAGAGUGAGAUCUUCAUAUUUGUAGGCAAUCCUUUGUGAAUACAGAUCCACCUCCCCUUCAUUCCUCCUAUAUUGAAUGUAUUUUGCUUUGGCUUCUGGAUAUGCCAGGUGGUUUGUUUAUUUAUAUUGUAAAUUGUGUAAUUACCAGCAAUUUCACCAGAGCAGCAGGAGAAUGUGGUGAGUACAGAAAAUCUAUACUAAGCAUAUAAGUUUAGAUCUGAUGCAUUGUGUGAAAACCUGUCUUUUUAACUUUGAGGAAGAAUUGCUACAAUACAAUGCAUAGUUAGGCAUUGCGCACGAUCCUGUAUAUUUAUGGUAUAGCUUAUUUAUGGUGUAGCUUGUUUCCAAAAGGUACCAAAUCCAUCUGAACAAAUUUUAAUAAAAUAGAAAAUACGUGCUGAGGAGAUAGAUUAUUUUCUAUAAAAUGCAGUUUUCUAAGCCCUGUACCAAAGUGGUUUAAUACAUUUUGAUUGUUUUGAGCUGCACCUAGAUAACAAUGUGCUCAUUUUUUAAUUUUUUUGGAUUUGGUACCUUUUGGAAACAAACUCCACAUUUAUACUAGAUCUUAUAGUUGUAUAAGUGAUUUCACAAAGGACACCAAUCCCUUGAACUCACCUGUUGCACCAGAGUAGAACAGAGUUUCCGUGAAUUCCCCAUUGACCAAGCCAAAAAGGAGAGCUGGCUGUGUGCCUGCUUGCAGAGCAAUUGGGUUCACUGCAGACUGUGGAUUGAUUUCAUAGGAUGUAAAUAUGUAGGCACUGAUAAUGUUUAGUUUAAAUGUUAACUUGCAAAAUUUAAGGCUAAAAGGUGCUGGUCAUCUAAGUAGUUGUAAUUGAUAACAGUGUCUGAAAUAAAGGUGGGAUUAAGUCAACAUUCCUCCUUUUGAGGACAUUUAUUAUAACAAUUUUUGGGUGUAAACUAAUAUAUUUUGUGUAUUAUGGGACAUAUAUGUAACUCAGUGUUAGUUUCUAAGAAAGGAAGUUGAUUGCAUUGUUAAGAUUGCAAGGGAAAUCCAGGAUUUUGUUUACAUUGUAUGAAUGCUUUAUACCGUGUUAUAUUUUAUUAGUUAAAACUUUAGAAUAGCUAUUUUCAAGACUAGAAAAUAAAAUAGCUGGUGAAAAGCCUGGCUUAUGUGGACCUAGUGGAUAAGGCAUACUGUUAUUCAGGAAUAUCAUUACUUUUCCUACCAUAUGUACCAGAUAGAGCUGUAUGGUUUUGCAACCUUCCUUGUUAAAUGUAUAAAGAUUAUUUUGUAGUACUAUUUUCUUAUUUUCCAUUCUCAUUUUACUGUGUAGCCAUACUGUAAACUGCGCUUUUAUUUUUCUUACAGAAAUAAAUGACAAAAUCUACAUUUCAAUGUUAUCUCUUGAAUAAAUUGAAGAUCUUAUCUAGUA